GCAACAUCGCCAUCUUCGAACAACUAAAAGAAAUGAAAAAGUCGAUCGAAUCAAUCAAUGAAAAAAUGACGAGAAGUGAUAUCCCGCCAGAGACUGUAGAGUACCAACGGCCGGAGUCCUUCGCCAGUAUUGUUAAAAUGACGGCCGCCCAAGGACAUCCAAACCUGGGUAGUGUUGUAUCAAUUGUUGGCAAUGAAGAUGCUGAAAACGUCCGUAAAGAAAUCGCGCAACGAAUAGUCCCAAUUGAACAUGGUAUAAAAGUCAAAGAAACAGCCAGCUUAUCCAAUGGGAAAUUUGCCCUGCGGUUCGAGAGCCCAAGCAGUAAGGAAAAGUUCGACCAAAUCGCUACCAAGACAGAAGGAUGGAAAUGUGAAAACGAAAAGAAAAGAAAUCCAAUCAUUUAUCUAAAGGGGGUUAGGAAGGACAUAUCGAAACACGAAUUGCCUGGUAUGAUCACAUUCUUCAACAUAGUAAUUGCUGACUACCUAGAAACUCACCAGAUUGAGAUGGAAAACGCAAUUGAAGUAUGUUUCGAAAGGCCGAAUAAAAAUCCACAAAAGUUCGCCAACUUCGGCAUACGGGUUAUUCCGGCAAUUAGAGAUAUCAUCAUAAAUCAAUUGUAUGGUCGUGUAAAUAUUGAUUAUAAUUAUGUGCAUGCAGAGGACAUGAAUCCACUUCACCGAUGUUACAAAUGUCAAGGCUUCAACCAUCAUCAAAACAACUGCCGAGAAGAUAGGCCAACUUGUUUGCAUUGUGGUGGCGAUCAUAAUUUUGAACAAUGCCAACAUCGAAAUGAUUAUCCAUUCUGCAUCAACUGCUACAAAAAUCGAAUCACGGAUGUUCCGUCUCACCGAACUACUGACACAAAAUGCCCGGUCUACCAACGAAUGUUAAAAAGGAUAAUCAGUCGCAUUCAAUACGUCCAGUAAAAAUUUUCCCGAUAUUAAAGUUGCUCAACUUAACGUAAAUCAUUCACCAGCUGCUCUCAAUUCAUUUCUCGACUAUUCCACACAUCAUAAAAUCGAUAUUUUAAUCAUCAGCGAGCCACCUAUCAAAAAGGGUGUACCGAACAUCAAUAACAAAUUCCGGCCAUUUUAUAUCACACCAUCUGAUGACAGCAGUCGAGUUCGCUCCUGCAUAUGUAUUCUCAAUCCAUCAAUUCAACCUAUGA